UCAACGCAGCGCCCUUUCACUGCUGUUGGGAGCUGCACCCCCAGUUUUUGCACCUAAAAUCUCUGAACUGGGAUUUGAACCCCACAACCUUAUGAUUUAGAAAGCAGGGAGCUGCACAUUUUGUCUCUAAUGAUUGCAAGGUCGGAAAUGACAUCACAGAAUCUGGCAUGGUGCUAGUGGCACAAGUGAAAGUAGAAGGGGAUGGUUGUUUACUGAGGAACAGUCUGUUGGAAGUGAAACACAUCGGUGUUUGCAUUGGAAAAUGGAACUCCAUGUCACUUGUACCGUUGAGUCGGCAGCAGGCAUUCAACAGACAAGAACCUUGUGCGAACACUUCCAGUUCUCAAAACAAUUAAAGCAGUAUGUGAAAAGCCUUCUGGACUUGGGAGUGACCAACAUCACUUGUCCCCACUGCAGGCAGGCUUGGGCGUGGCAGGAGGUGCGAGCUGUCGCACUUCUGACGAACAGGGACCAGUCUCUCUAUGAGAAGAAGCUUUCAUGGAUGACAAGGGACAACACUGAGUCUUUCAAGAAGUGCCCGGGCUGUAGUUCCCUACUGCAGAGGCUGGACCUGGAGAACCUUUGCAUGGAGUGUCCGCUGUGCUCGGAGACAAGGGGGGAGACCUUCCAGUUCUGCUGGGCUUGUCUGAGUAAAUGGAAGGGGGCCUCACCCCAAGCAGGCAGCUGCACGGACGAGUCCUGCCACAUCGUCGCUCUGCUCCAGGGCUGUGCGCUGAUUAGUAACCGCGCGCUGACGGUUCACGGCUGCCCCUCCAUCCGGGCUUGCCCCAGCUGCAGAGUUCUGCUCGCCCAUAGUGGGGGCUGCAAGUACGUCACCUGCAAGAACUGCAGCAACCACUUCUGCUACCGCUGCCUCGACAGCUUCGAUGUGUGCUACACUGCCCAGCCCAACUGGUACCAUCAGCCAAGGUGUGCCAAGCCCCUGGCAGCGAGGCAGACGUUUGCCUCAGGGAAGGAUACGUGUCCCCACUGCCACUCCGCAGCCUCCCUGUCCGCGGAUCCCUCCUUGGGCCCCCCUCCACUCUCAGGGCAGGCAUGGUAGUGUAGCAGUUAGUGUAACGCUCUACAGCACCAGCGACCCGGGUUCAAUUCCGGCCGCUGUCUGUAAGGAGUUUGUACAUUCUCCCCGUGUCUGCGUGAGUUUCCUCCGGGUGCUCCGGUUUCCUCCCACAUUCCAAAGAUGUACAGGUUAGGAAGUUGUGGGCAUGCUAUGUUGGCACCGGAAGCGUGGCGACACUUGUGGGCUGCCCCCAGAACACUCUACGCAAAAAGAUGCAUUUCACUGUGUGUUUCAAUGUACCUGUGACUAAUAAAGAGAUCUUAUCCUGUAACCUGCACUCC